UGAGACCCGGAGCCAGUGUCGCCGAGUAGCGGCGGCGUGUGGGCGUGCUGGCCCCGAGGUCGGUGCCAGCGGGGUCUUCGGGUUUGCGCCGAGAGGUGCGGAAAGAACCUGGGUUCGCCGCCCGCCGCCACCACCUAGCAUGUCGGCCGAGGCCUCGGGCCCGGCGGCGGCCGCGGGCCCGUCGCUGGAAGCCCCGAAGCCCUCGGGUCUCGAACCUGCGCCCGCUGCAUACGGUCCCAGUCCGCUCACCCCGAACAGCAAGUACGUGAAGCUGAACGUGGGCGGCUCGCUGCACUACACCACCUUGCGCACCCUCACGGGGCAGGACACCAUGCUUAAAGCCAUGUUUAGCGGCCGCGUGGAGGUGCUCACCGACGCCGGAGGUUGGGUCCUGAUUGACCGCAGUGGCCGCCACUUUGGUACGAUCCUCAACUACCUGCGGGACGGAUCAGUGCCGCUCCCGGAGAGCACCCAGGAACUUGGGGAGCUGCUAGGGGAAGCCCGCUACUACCUGGUCCAGGGCCUGAUUGAGGACUGCCAGCUGGCCCUGCAGCAAAAAAGGGAGACCCUGUCCCCACUGUGCGUCCUGGGGGACGAGAUCUGCUGCUGGUCCUUCUACGGGCAGGGCCGCAAGAUCGCCGAGGUGUGCUGCACCUCCAUCGUCUAUGCCACGGAGAAGAAGCAGACCAAGGUGGAAUUCCCAGAGGCCCGGAUCUUUGAGGAGACACUGAACAUCCUGAUCUAUGAGACUCCCCGCGGCCCGGACCCCGCCCUCCUGGAGGCCCUCGGGGGCGCUGCAGGCGGUGGUGGGGCCGGCCGCGGGGAGGACGAGGAGAACCGAGAGCACCGCGUCCGCAGGAUCCACGUCCGGCGUCACAUCACCCAUGACGAGCGUCCUCACGGCCAGCAAAUUGUCUUCAAGGACUGACCUCUGCCCCCUGCCUCCUGGAAUUCGGCUGCUCCUGUCCCUGUCCCUUUUGCUCCCCGACCUAUGCCCCGGCUCUGCUGGCCAAGUCGUGGGCCAUCCUCCAGGCCCUCCAUUGCAUGGUGCCCUUUACAUAUGGGCCCUCUCCAUCGGUUCCGCCCCACGGCUGACAACACGGUACAUUCCAGACCCUCCCCCUCAGGCAGAGCCCUUCCGAAGGGAAGGCCGACGUUCACCCAGUUAGGCUGCCCAAGCCUUGUUCCGCCAGCGUCCCGCCCCAGCUGCUGCAGGAUGGCUUCCAGCCCCUUGGCUCGUUUUCCAGUCCGCUGUCCAUGCCAAAGUGUCAGUCCGGCCCUGAGUAACAGCCCCCCCCCCCUUGGCCACCAUCACUCCAUUGUGCAGGGUAGUUUUCCGCUCCUCCCCAGCCCCCAGGUUUUUACCACCUCUUUUAACGUUGUGCUAGGCUGACCAGCUCAGCUCCCCCCUCGACUGGUUCAUAUUAUUUAUUAUUUUAAUUUUCUAUUAAAUUAUUGGAAUAAAGUGGA